AUUAAGCAAGAAGCUUUCCUGAGAUAAUCAUUCAGCAAGCCAUUUCCUCUAGUGGAGACUGUGCUCCUCAAGACCGUCCACUGAAGGUCAAAUAAUUAUAGUAAAGGAGAAUUUUUGGCAUUUCGCUUUGUAAUACAGACUUUGCAUUGUUUGGAGUAAUUGUAUGUGACGGUGAGUCGCUCAGUCUCUGAAAGCAGCACCUUGACUGUGCUGGUCGAGGGGCUGCAUUUGUCUCGUUGUUGCCGGAAUGGACAUGUAAAACAAAUCUAUGCAACUUGGUGCAAACCUGAUGAUUUGACCUCCUGUGACUCUGAUCAACCUAAGAUGAGAGAAAGUACACCAGAAAAUCAAAUGGAAAUGGCAUUUGAAUUACAUCUGGUGUGUCAUCAGAAGAGUCGGUUUUUGCGUCCCUGAGGAAUUAAGUCUGGAUAUUGUCACUGCUUACCUCAGGGGAAGCCACUUCUCCAUUUUUUGGUGCACUUCAGCGGGACUAUGGCCAAAAACUCAUUCCGUAGGUCGAAAUACAAGACAGAGGCCAAUCAUGAUGGAGAUUUUGGCUGCACACUCAAAGAACUUCGAUCACUCAUGGAACUCAGAGGGACAGAUGGAUUACAAAGGAUUCAGGAUUGCUAUGGAGAUGUUCAGGGACUCUGUUCCAGGUUAAAAUCAUCACCAAUAGAUGGGUUAAGUGGUCAUUCUGAUGACAUUUCAAGAAGAAAAGAAGAAUUUGGAAAGAAUUUUAUACCUCCUAAAAAGCCAAAAACAUUCCUUCAGCUAGUGUGGGAAGCAUUGCAGGAUGUGACUCUAAUUAUUUUGGAAGUUGCAGCCAUAAUAUCUUUAGGCCUUUCCUUCUAUAAACCUCCUAAUGCAGAGAGAGAAUGUGAGUAUCAUAGGGAUUUUAAGCUCACUAUGAAUAAUAUACCUCUGAUUCUCUUGCUCAGUGGUGCUGUUGAAUAACAAUGAAUUUGAAAUUGUAACAUAUCCUGAAGGUGACGUAGUGCUAUUAUGUAUUCAGCUCACUCAGGGCCUCUGUUUUAGGGGGGAAAAAUACUUUUACCUGAGCCCUGCUGUGCAUUUAGCCGUAAAAUCCUGCAAAUCAUGUUAUUUUGUGUUUGCAAUUUCACAGUCCUUCACUUCCUUCACACCCUGCUUACCCUGCUUGGAAAUGCAACUAUGCACCUCAAA